AUGGAGCGAGCGGCACACGAAAAGCGAAGGGACAAGGAAACCGGCCGGCUGAAGAAGAAGCAGCGUCUGCGCACGUCACAGGACGUGUACAACCGCAUCAUGUGGGACACGGGGCGCUACGACCCGGCCAGCUUCGUCAUCGGCUACCUGGACCGAUUCGACGGCAUGAUGGAGAUCGCCCUCGACGAGUUCGUGCCCAUCGACAAGGGCGGCGACAUCGCCUACCACCGCGUCUACUACUUCCGCCAGGGCGACGUCGUCGUGUGGGAUCGCAACAAGCGAAUCGACAACGUCUUCGGCUCGGGCGACACCGCUGCUGCUGCUGCGGCCGCCGCCACGACUACCACCACGACCACCACAUCUUCGGAUGAUAGCGCCUCUUCCUCCUCUGCCAGCGAAGAAGAUGAAGGAGAAGACCAGCCGACUGCUGCUCCCGCCACGACCGAGCAGCUGGCGCCAUCGAAGCAGCCAAUUCAAAAUGAAUCGAUGCCCAAGAUGCGUUCGUGCGGCUUCCUCUUGUUCGCGGACGUAGCGGGUUCGCGACACUUUCUGCUGAUGAAGCACGGCCGACGGUACGACCUGCCCAAGGGCCACGUCGAGUCGGGCGAGACCGACCGCGAGUGCGCUCUACGCGAGGUGCAGGAGGAGACGGGCAUCGAGGCCGACGCCAUCCAUGUCGACUCGCGCUUCUCCUACGCCGAGACCUACUACCCCGUGUACAAGCGGCUGGGCGGCAAGACCGUGGAGAAGACCCUCCGUAUCUUCAUCGGACACAUCAACGACACCGCCGCGCGAGACCCCACCGGUUUCCCGGUGGUGCGUCGCACGGAGCACGGAGCGCACGAGUGGGUCAAGUGGAAUCCGCCCCACCACAUCCAGAAGAACACGAUCGACCCGCUGCUCAAGACCGCCAACGAGCACUUCAAGCAGCUCAAGGAAGAGGAGCGCGAGAAGGCCGCGCGCAAGCUCGAACAGGGAGACGACAACGACGACGAUGACGACGAUGACGACGGUGAUGAAGUCGACAUCGACGCAGAGCUGCUGCGAACGCAGGAGACGUCGGAGGUGGCCGAGGCCGGCACGGUGGAGCGAACAGCGGAGAAGGAGAAGCUCGAGAAGGAGCGCAUGGAGAAGGCCGAGAAGGAGCGGAUGGAGCGCGAGCUGAAGGUGCGACGACGGACCGACUACAACGCGCGCAAGACCCGACGACAGCGCAACGCGAUGGUGUCCGGCGGCGGCUACGCCCUGCUCGACAAGGUGCGCGACGAGACGGGCCGAGGGCAGGUCGGCAUCUACGAGGACGACAUCACCUUCGACGAGAGCGCACUCAACGCCCAGGCCAAGCUCAUCCUCAAGCGAAACGACCGCGCCAACAGGCGAUUGGAUGAGAAUGUGCACAACUACACGGGCGACGAUGAUAGCGACGAUGACGAGAUCAGCGACGAAGAGGCGGCUCAGUACGUGGUCUCGCGGUCGCCCAAGGGCAAGCUGGGCGAGUUCCUCGAUCUGGCGCCCUCCGACGUCGGCGGAGCUGAAGAAGACGACGACGACGUCGCCGCCGCCAUCGCCCUCUCGGCCACCACCACGACGUUGACGACGACCUCUUCUUCUUCUUCGUCACCACCGGGCGAGGAGGAGUGGUCCUGCCAGGCGUGCACCUACGUCAACAAGCCCACCUUCCUCUGCUGCGAAGUCUGUGCCUCCCAGCGAAGCUGA